AGCAGCAGCGCAAAAGUCGAAACCUUGCUAGAUAAAUUAUCGGAUAAAGAUAGCUUUUUAGUCCGUACGUCUGACUGACCCGCGGGCACAGCAGUCAGUGACGGUGCGUCGAAGCAGCGGUAAAUGUCGUAGAGCUAAACCUGGCAGAAACAGAAAAGGCUGCCGAAACGAAAACCAGAGUUCGCUUGUGAAAACAGCGUAUCCUUAAAAAAAAAGAAAAAGAAAAACUGCGUAUUCUUGCUUUUCUUGGCUCGUCAUCGUCGCGCUCAGAGCGAAUUGAUACCCAGAAAUCAGCGGCAUGAAUGGUACGACACUGCUGAUCGACAAAGCGGACGGAAAGCUUCGCACGAUCAACAGUUGAAACCGCGCAGAAAAAUACGCGCGCCGGGCAUGCCGCUGAUGCCGCCGCGUCGUCCAAUCAGAAGCUACUAUAGCUAACGGCGCGCCCCACAAUUCCCUGCGAUUGCUCGUUUUGGCGCUCAGUAGUUCCUAUAUGCUCCUUACGCUAAGGUCAUACGUGCGCGGCCGUCCGUUGCGCUUCUACGAGUACGCGCACUUCCCGAGCUCCGCGGUUCCCGCCAGCUUACGAACUUUGACGUCCGGCAGUAGUACCUUUCGAGAUGGCGGGGGUAGUGUGUUUAGCCAUCUUGGAAACAGGCGAGCGUAAAAAGCUCGUGCUGCCGACAGGAGCCCAUUCAGAACUUCUGGCGGCUUUGGCGCCAUUUGUGCCCGUCAACGAGAACACACUGCUCCAAAUCCACGACGACGAUCUGGAUGACUUCAUUGACCUGGAGGCAGAUGCCAUAAUUCCCACCAAGGCGAAGAUAAAGGUGGCAAGAAAAACAGUGCCUCAUACAGAUGAAAGCAUGGUUGCUGUGCAGUGCACGAGCCCGGACACCAGCUUCUCAAGUGCGUCCGACAAUGCUGGCCCCACUAAUGAGGUUCUUGGUCUCAGCGAUGGCUCCUCCAUCGUGGAGGUGCAUGUGCCACUUCAAAAGCAGUUUGACUAUUUGGACUUUAAAUUGCCAUCAUUCGGCCCAUACGAAGAGGUGCUACAGCGGAAAGAGCCCGUGGGGGGACCGGUGAGGCGAGCAAUCAUCAACCGCCUUUUUCAAGCUUGUUUCGAGAUAGUAUGGUACCCUUCUAAGGAGCUUUACUGCACUGCUGUGGAACAACUGAUUCAAAAAUAUCCGCACUUGCGUGACAAUGUAAAGAAAGGUAGUGGCAUGGAAUCGUGGAAAGUUGCCCUCAAGAACAAGUUUAAGAACAACAGAAAGAAGGCAGUGAAUGUGUCGUCGGAAAUGCAAGCGGUUCGGGCCCAGAGCUACCGCAAAACUCCCAGGGAGCCAGUGGUGGAGGUGGCGAACAAGAAGCUAUGCCGCCUCUCUAACAACAAUGACCUCAUCGUUUAUGGAGAGACCUUGGAGUCACGACAAAAACACAAUGAGUGGCUGCAGGAACAUUUUGCAACUGCUGAUCCAGAAGAUUUGCGGCCACGUCUUCUUGCAACAGCCAAGGAGCGGCACGAGUGCCUUCGGCGAGUCACGUUGUCGGAGGCGCUCCUGCAGUAUCCUUUCCUGGCAACAGAACACUCGCUGCUGAUGGAGUUCAACAUAUUGUUCAAGAGAACAAUACUCGACAGUAUUGAGCAAGGCUGCAGCCGUCUGUGCAGCAUCAUUCUAGACCACGCGGAGCAGGACGAGGUUGUGCGGUUCUCUGCCAUGGCUGCUGAGGAUGGUGUGCUUGGCGUCCUCGACUUCAUUGCAGGCCGCUGCAAUGAAUCGCUUGAUGCUAUCUUAACAGAGACAGCUGCGGUCCCACUAACUCCAUGCCUCCAGAGGGCAUCUGAUGGCUCCCUCGCGCUACACAUCGAUGCGCAGCGACUGUUUGUCACGUCAUCACUGCUGGCAGGCCUGGCCUGCCUUUUCGCUUCGUUCUGGGUAUUCCAUGUGGUAUACCCAAAGAAGGCCCACAGGAUUUUAACAUUCAUUGAACACUGCUUUCUAGAUUUGAGUCACACAAAGCCACGGGUGAAGGCAUUGGAGCUAGUAAACUUUUACAAGAACUUUUGCUAGGCAAAAAAAUGUUUGGAUGCAUAUCCUCAGAAAAGUCUAAAAAUUAUUUUGCCUAACAAAAGUACUUCUGGGUUCUGUGGCCGGCAGGUUGCCCAAGCCAUGUAGCACAGUGCUUGCUUUAAAAGGGCAAAAUUCUUUCAAAAUUCAUUUGAGCUCUAUCAAAUCAUUCGACAACACCGAAAAAAAAAACUCUUACCGUUAGAAUUGGCUUGAUAAGCCAGAUAACUUGCAAAAACGAAAAUUGGUGUCGCCACCACCACCUUAUAAUUCCUGCACCAGCUCGCUGUGCUAUGAAAUAUGACGGUGUCUGUUUGGGUCUAGUUAAUGUUCUACUGGCCAAUAUUGAUGAAUUCUGUUCUAAAGGUGUCAAAGAAUAAACUUAGUUGAAGUACGACUUCACACUGAUGUGUGGCGCGUUACAUAAAAUUUGAAAAAUGAAAGUUAAAUCUUCAUUUUCUCUUCUAUUAAUCCGCUGAUUGCCACAAUGUUCAUGAAUACAAAGUUCUGAAAGAUUGUUUUAUCAGUCUAAAAUGGUUUACUGUUUCUCUUUAAUGUCUCUGUAAUGAACCUUUAGCAACAAAAUGUGUGUUAGUAUGCGACUGGUAUUCUCAGCAGAGGCAAGAGCACCAGCAGCAUGCUCAGUGGUUCUGUACCAACUGAUAAUUUGAAGGAUGUCCUUGCCACUAGGGUUAGGCCAACGUGGCUCUGUGUUAAUCAGCACAAGCGUAUUAUGCAAAACUUAAUGGUCCAGGAAUGGGUAAUGAAGGGGGGAGUUGAAUUAGCUAUUCUUUUUUUUUCUUUAUCAUGUACUUCUAACAUUACACUUUGUCACAACGCAUUUACUUUAAAGUAACUGUGGAGAAUAAGGUGGUUUGGUAUUCAGACACGCCUUCUGUGUGUAAACAGUGCUAGAUGAACAAUACAAAGAGACAUCAUAGAUGCUGACUGGCAACAUGAAGGGGAUUGAGGGCAGCUACAAAUACACAUACUUGUAGUCGCACCUAGGUAGCACUAUGUUCAACUUGUGACACAAGCAUAGGGCAUCCAUCGCAACCGCAUGCCUAGAAACAGAUAAGGGAAACAGACUCAAUUACCUUUUAGACUAUCUAAGAAGCACUACAAUGUUCAGGCAACGAAAUUGAAAUCUGGCUUAUACGCAUGAGUACCGCAAUACAGUUGUGCAACAUGUUCCUCUUCUGUGGAAAAAGGGCUGCAUACUUUUUCUUUCAGCACAAGGGGGACAAGUAUCAGUUAAUGGCUGUUUUCACAUAUAUGUUUUGUCAUGUGUAUAUUAGCAAUGACCACUUUCCUCAUCUGAGUGAGGUCAUUUUUCUUGAAAGUUUGAAAGUUGAUAGAACAUGUUGCUCAUAGUUGCAUUUUUCUUCAUAACUAUCCAUUCACUGCACUGUGCACCCAUGUCUUGGGCAACUAGCUGUUUGAAGGUCAGUACGCUAUCACUGGGUCUAAUGAUAAUCUCUAGUGCUCUCUCAUUUGUUUGUUGCAAUACUUAAGAGUUAGAUUUUGUAUAUUGUCACUUGUUUAUUUUCACUGGACUUUACUUUCACUAAAUCUUGAAUGUGUUGUGAUAGUUUUUCUUUUGCAAUGAAAUAUAUGGUGGGCAGUUGCCUACACUAAUGUGAUAGUAUGAAUGCUUGCUGUAUUUAUCACGAUUGUUUCAUUUCGCUGGGGCAGUAAUGGUCAUUAGCAGCAGAUGCUAUUUGCCCUUAAGUGCAAUAUUUUUAUUUUGCAUAGUAUUGUUCAUAAUGAUCCAUUGAAUGCACUGCACACCCCAUGUUCUGGACAAAUGCCUGUUUGAAGAAAUCUGCAUAUUCAGUGGGUCUAACAUGAACAUCUCUACUACUGACUUAGCUUCACUACUUCUUAAAUGUGUUGCACUGUGAUAGCACGAACGCUUGCUGUAUUUACCACAUGGUUGUUUCAUUUCGUCUGGGGCAGUAGUGGCCGUUAGCAGAUGUCAUUUGGCCUUAAGUGCAAUAUUUUUAUGUUGAAUAGUUAUGGUUCACACUGAUCCAUUGAAUGCACUGCACACCCAUGUUCUGGACAACUGCCUGUUUGAAGGAAUGAUAUGCAUAUUCAGUGGGUCUAAUGUGAACAUCUCUAGUA